GUUCGGUCCCUGGAUCUGGAAGGUCCUCUGGCACCCUAUUCCAGUAUUCUUGCCUGGAGAAUCCCAUGGACAGAGGAGCCUGGUUCCAUGUUCAACAGAAGCGCUUAUGGACUCUUCACUGAGCCCUGUGACCUUUGAGGAUGUGGCUGUGUACUUUUCCCAAGAGGAAUGGAGGCUCCUUGGUGAGGCCCAGAAAUUCCUGUACCGCGAUGUCAUGCUGGAGACCUUUGCACUGGUUGUGUCCUUGGGGUGUUGUCAUACAGCAGAGGAUGAACAGACACCUUCUGAGCAGAAUGUUUCUGUAGAAGUGCCACAGAGAAAUACCAAAAAGACAGACCUGUCCAGCCAGAUGGUCUGUCCCUGGGAGAUGGGUAACCUGGCCUUAGAAGGUGGUUUGUGUGGACCCGAGGUCCUGCGAACAAACCCUGGCCAGACACCGUGUGGGACAGAUGUGAAAUCCCACCAGCACGGUGGAGAGAAGCUCAUGAGAAGAGAUUUGGGUAAGGCCUUAAUGAAGAACUGCACGAUCCAUGCAUUGGAGAAGGCUUUCAUGUGCCAAGAGGUGAGGAAGGAUUUCCCUGGUAGCUCUGGCCACGUCCAGCACCAGGUUAAACCACAAAUGAUGGAGUUUGUAGCAGAGUUUCACAAUGGAGAAAAGCGUUUCAAGUGCAAUGAAUGUGGGAAACUCUUCUACCGGAAGUCCAGGCUUGCUCAGCACCAUAGAGUCCACACCGGAGAGAAGCCUUAUGAAUGCAGUGAAUGUGGGAAAGUCUUUAGAUGCAGCUCCAGCCUUGCUAUACAUAGAAGAAUUCACACAGGGGAAAGGCCUUAUGAGUGUAGAGAAUGUGGAAAGUUCUUUAGGCAACACUCCCAGCUUGUUGUGCACCAGAGAAUUCACACUGGAGCCAGACCAUAUGAGUGCAGUGAAUGUGGGAAAACAUUCAGUACUAAAACCAAACUUGAUCAGCACCGGCGAGUCCACACUGGAGAGAGGCCUUAUGAAUGUGCAGAAUGUGGAAGAACCUACACCUGUAAACGCAUGCUUAUUCAGCACCAGCUGGUCCACACUGGAGAGUGGCCUCAUGAGUGCAAUGAAUGUGGGAAAGCCUUUAGAUACAUGGCCAGCCUUGUUAUGCAUAGAAGAAUUCACAGUGGGGAAAGGCCUUAUGAGUGUAAUGAAUGUGGGAAGUCCUUUAGGCAAAGAGCCCACCUUCAAGUCCACAAUAGAAUUCAUACUGGAGCAAAGACUUUUGAGUGCAGUGAAUGUGGAAAAUGUUUUAGCCAAAAUUCUAUUCUUACUACACACCAGAGAGUUCACACUGGAGAAAGGCCUUAUAAGUGCUGUGAGUGUGGGAAAUGUUUUAGCCAGAAAUCUACUCUCAUUAAGCACCUGAAUUUACACUGGAGAAAAGUCACCUGAGUGCACCGAAUGUGGAGAAUUUCUUUAGCUAUAGCACCUGAAGGAGGAAAAAAAAAAAAAGCUGAAAAGUUCACACCACAGAAAGACCUCACAAGUGCAACAAAUAUGGAAAUAUUUUCUGUCACAGAUCAGCUCUGAUUGAGCACUAGACCUUCACAGCCCAGAUAAACCUAAGAGU